CGAGGCGCUCGGCGCUCGGCCGGCGGCCCGCGUAGUGCGUGCCCCGCCCCUAGAGGCUCCGGCGCCACCAUCAUGUCUACGGCCAUGAACUUCGGGUCCAAGAGCUUCCAGCCGCGGCCGCCGGACAAGGGCAGCUUCCCGCUGGACCACUUCGGUGAAUGCAGACGCUUCCAGGAGAAGUUCAUGAAGUGCCUCCGCGAUAACAAGUUUGAGAACGCGAUGUGCAGACACGAAUCCAAAGAAUAUUUAGAGUGCAGGAUGGAGAGGCAACUGAUGGCACAGGAACCACUGGAAAAACUGGGGUUUGGAGAUUUGAUGGAUGGAAAGGCAGACAAACACUAAUUCUCACGGGAUCACGGGGGUGUGGCUGAGAAGGGGGCACCUCGGUGGGCGGGGCUCGCAGCCGGAAGGGCUCAUCCUCCGCCUCCUGGAUCACUUUGAGAGACGACCUUCCCCCGGUGCGAGUUCGCCUAAAAUGCACGUGGGGCGGCUUCCUGUCACCGGGGAGGCCCCUGACGGCGACAGACUGAGUCUCGUCUGGGAGUGGACACUCGAGCCGCAUCUUGUAACACUGGACGUUUGUGAAUUUUAGAAAACUUCCCUGGAAAAAUGGUUUUCUUUUCCUUUUUUAUAAAAUAAAAACAAUGAAAAAUCAGAAUCCAAGAGUAUCUGUGAUACAUGAGGAAGAUGUUAGAAACUGCAGAAGUGGCCUGGCUGGGCGCUCAGGUGGUUAGCGCGUCCCGAUGUGCCAGGGUUGUGGGCUCAGUGCCCAGUCGGCACAUACGAGAACCAACCAGUGAGUAAGGGGAACAGCAAGUCGAUGUCUCUCAAUAAAUUCAAAAACAAAAUUAAAA